GUAGACUAAGGGCUGUCUAUACAGUAGAACAGAGGCCGCAAUGACAUGUCUUGUUGCUUCAAAACCGCAUUGUAAAAUCGAGCGUGCUAAUUGUUCUGAUUGACAGUAAGAGGCCGUCUUUGUGUGAAUUGGUUGUGAGACUAUGGAUAUAAAGAAAAUAUUUCAAGUGUUUCAGAAGUCAAACAGGUCUUAUAAUAAAUCUGUAAUAUUUCAACAACUCAGAUAUGUAUGAUUUGUAAAAGAGUAUAACAAGAUUUUAAUUUCUAGAGUGCGCUAACGAUUGGGAUUCAAGAAAUACACACAGGAUCGAGAGAAAUCUGACCACGGACAAGGACUAAAAAUGAAAUCGGGGCUCAUUGUAAAAGAGUGAGGGGUGUAUUUCUCAUAUUUUGGGAGUUUGACAGAAAUAAAGCUUGUUUGAUUUUGCAUGUGUAUUUAUUUAUUUUUUUUUUUUUUUUUUUUUUUUUUUUUUUUUUUCUUUUUUUUUUUUUUUUUUUUUUUUUUUUUUUUUUUUUUUUUUUUUUUUUUUUUUUUUUUUUUAGUUCUUUCCUUUUCUUUUUAUUAAUUUUUUUAUUAUUUUUUUUUUAUUUUUUUUUUGUUAUUAUUGUUGUUUGCUUGGAAAUCUAUCGUAUAAUUUAAGUUAUUAUGAGCCAUCGCCCGAUGUCAGUUGGUUUUUUAAAAAAGCGGGGGUGAGGGGGGGUCUUGGUUGCGAUGUUCUGUCUUUAAUAAGCUAGUCAACUGCGAUUGAGCCCUAUGAAUAUCCGUGUCCCUUUGAAGCGAAGCAUUGAAAUCACGUUUUUUUUCGGUGUGAUCUGAAGUCAACACGAAAGAUACAUUGCAAUCUGGCAUUUUGCACAUUUCAGUGAAUAAAUUAAUUAAUUUCUUUUGCUAAAGUUAAAAAUACUUUGCAAGUCAAGUGAAACAAAACAUUACAAUAAAUAGCUGAAAGAGAUUGAGAUGAUAAAAAAUAGAGAGAUAUGAGGGAUACCUGAUUAUCGGUACUUCUUUUCUUAAUAAUGACGGGUUGGCAUUUUCGGGGAACAGCGGAGUUUUGGGGUUUUUUUUUCGUGGAGGCAGGUUGCAGUAAAACAUUUCGGUCAGAAAUCGGUGGCCACUCCACGGAUUGCAAUAAGGUCUCCAUCUGAUACAAAAAAUGGAACACUAACAAAUAAUUUUUUUGUUUUUUGUUUUACUUGUCAGUUCACACAGUUUGACAAAACAGACGGCCAGAAUGUUUCUUCAGCUUUUCGUUCCUCUCCUCCUGGCCGGUGCCGUCACAGCAAAACCCGUGAGCAAAUAUUUCUUUAAUUGAUUGGUUUUAUAGCAUUCGCUUGUCACGUGUGGAAAGAAGUCACACAUCGGAACAUAGCAUUUAAAUAAGUAAUAAGCAACUUUUAAAACACUUGUUAUUAUGCCAACUGAAGAUAGAAAAUAUAUAUAUUUAUUUAUAUAUAUAUAUAUGAUUUCCCAAUUAGUUUGACACAUAUAUGAGGUUACAUUGUUUGAUUUUUUUUUAAUGAAAAACUAGCAAUUGUAUCUUUAGCUUUUCAAUCAAAUAACAAAAGAAGUAAUGUUAUCAACAAUAAUCCUAUAGAAAUGUACAGUUUGAAUUUGGCAUUCCGUUUACUUUAAAAAUGUCCGAUUCGAAAUAAUAACUACUGUUAAAUUUUGAAGGAAAGAUUUGUAGUUGAUAAUAAAAAAACAUUAUAGGCCAUAUAGUAAACUUAAAAUUGUUCCGAUUUUUUUAGAUAUUUAAAAAAAACAAAUAAGCAAAUUUGUAAAAAAAGUUGAAGAUAUGGUUGAUCAAAUAUCAAAUAAACUAUCAUAAGAGUUGUAUUAAUAAAAGGAUUGUUAAAUUCUAUUUAUAAAUCAAGUCACCGAUCUAUUAACUCAGGUUGAGAGCGAAGAGCAGGAUGCUGUAAUAUCGUUACCGAUCAAAUGGGGAGAAAUCAUUGAAAGGAGAGGACUUCAGGACAUUGACUUGUUGAAACUUCUCGAAGAAGCUGUUAAAGUUACCACUGUCGGAAAAAAAGAUCUUGUCCAAGACAGCUGGCAAUCAGUUCUUCAAGAUAUUGUUACCAUAGGAGCAACAGUAGCCCCAUUUCUAAUUGGGAAAAAGGAAAUAACAGUUGAGGAUAUUGACUGGAACCAGCUACUUGGCGAUGCUGUCACAGUUGCAACAACUGCAAUUAAAAUCUUUGGCAAAAAAGAUCUUGAUCAAGAAAGCUGGCAAUCAGUUCUUCAAGAUAUUGUUACCAUAGGAGCAACAGUAGCCCCAUUUCUAAUUGGGAAAAAGGAAAUAACAGUUGAGGAUAUUGACUGGAACCAGCUACUUGGCGAUGCUGUUACAGUUGCAACAACUGCAAUUAAAAUCUUUGGCAAAAAAGAUCUUGAUCAAGAAAGCUGGCAAUCAGUUCUUCAAGAUAUUGUUACCAUAGGAGCAACAGUAGCCCCAUUUAUUAUUGGGAAAAAAGAAAUAGCAGUUGAGGAUAUUGACUGGAACCAGCUACUUGGCGAUGCUGUCACAGUUGCAACAACUGCAAUUAAAAUCUUUGGCAAAAAAGAUCUUGAUCAAGAAAGCUGGCAAUCAGUUCUUCAAGAUAUUGUUACCAUAGGAGCAACAGUAGCCCCAUUUCUAAUUGGGAAAAAGGAAAUAACAGUUGAGGAUAUUGACUGGAACCAGCUACUUGGCGAUGCUGUUACAGUUGCAACAACUGCAAUUAAAAUCUUUGGCAAAAAAGAUCUUGACCAAG